AUGGUGCGUUCCGAGCUGCUUGGACAAUGUGUCCAAAGAGCCGCGAGUGGCACAUUAGAGGACCGAGAAAAUAUUCAGAGUCUGCAUCAAGCGUUGCAGGCUCUUCAACAGGACAAUGCGCAUAAUCAAAGUAGGCUUGCCUCUUUGUCCUCGGAGCAUGAGCGGACGAUGACCCUCCUUGCAGAGUUCGAAGUAGGCAUGAAAGGUAAGCGGGCCGAGACCUGGCAGAAGACGAUAUCCUUAGAGGAGAGACUUGAGAGCUUUCUGGCGGCACAGGCUGGGUUGCGCGGUGACCUCGAGGGUCUGGUGGGUGAAUCGGCUGGAGAGCAAAGACAACUCCUUGUUAGCAUGCUAGAGAAGCAAGCAACAACAUUGGAGCAAACAGCAGCUAAGCAGUUGAGCAGUGAAGAAAGGAUUGAGCAGCUGAAGCAGAGUCUGGAUGUGGCUAACGCUGAAGCCGCUAGAGUCAGGGCCAAGUACGAGGAUGACUUAAGGACCACUCGAUGGGUGGUCGACCGGGUCACCAGGUUGGAGGUGCUGGUGGACCAGCUGCGGAGUAAAGACGCGGCGAUCCAGAAAGAGUUGGAGAUAGAUCCGGAGCAAGGCAUUCGGCGGGCUGCGGAAGGUAAUGAUGCGGACAGCGUUGUACCUCCUGUGGAGCGCCAUGUUCUUUCUCCUGAGAACCCAGGAUACCACGAUGAAGGAUAUGAAGAUGAGUGGUGGGGCGAGCAUCGUGCCAAGGAGUACACGGGGCUAGAUGGCGUUGAGAGGGGAUACUUCCAGUGGGAUGCAUUGGGAAAUGGAGCUCCUCCUGGGCUAGGGCCCUGCGCUCGGCCACCACCAUUACCCGAGAGCAUGAAGAAGGCUAGCCCGGGAGGUGAAGUGAAGAUACCUCAGCCUUCGUUCAAGUUACUGAAGGAUGCUCCUAAGUUGGACUUGUCUGCGGGGGGAGAGCCAUGGGAGGUUGGAAUGACAGUGCAUCAGUGGCGAGUCGAAACUAGGACUGUCUUGACUGCAAUUCAUCCAAGCUUUGCGGAGUACUUCGACAAGAUCUAUGAUCAGGGGCGGCAGCGAUAUGAGGCAAAGCGGCUGACCGGAUUGGAGGAGCAAGUACCCGAAGUUCUGGUAUCAGAGGCCGAGAUGGAAACUCGAUUGUCGCUGGCCCUCUUGAAAAAUCUUCCGUUGGCGGUCCGCCAGCCGGUGGUUGAGGGGUCAAUGUCGAAGAACGUUCGAUGCAUCUUGAUGCUUGAAAGCUUGCAUGAAAGGUAUGCGCCUGGGGGGCGAGAGGAGCUGGAGUCCAUUCAGAGGUAUAUGCGGCAGCUCCCUGCCGCUCAAGACUUCAAAGGGGCGAUGAUGACUCUUCGUAGGUGGAAGCUUGCGAAGCAAAGAGCACAGAGCCUGGGACUCCCGGAGCAAGCCCCGAACGAGGGUAUCGCGGCGCUGGAUGGACUGAUGAGGUCAUUGGAGAAGAAGCAUCAGCAGCUAGGCAUGCGGAUCAACAUCUUGCGGAUGCAACCUGAUGUGGUGAUUCCCACGAGCACAGGUCUUGAUCGGUAUGUGUCAUUGCUUGAAGUCGAGUGUCGGCGAUUGGCGGCGGAUCAGGAGAUCAGGGAUGCUCGUGCUGUCCAGAGUAGUGAGGUCGUUGUGGCUGCAGAGGCUGAAGCGAAGGCUGCAGCGGCGGGAUUGUUGGGUGUUGACAUGGGCCCCAGGGCUUCAACGGUCAGAGCGAUUGCAAUGGCUGCACGGGAGGUAAGCUCGAACCAUGAAAGGCAUAGGGAUGAAAGUGAUCCGGAGCAGUCCAGCCUCUCGAGCGCUGGGUCGGUUCAUUCUACGGGAACAACAGACCUUGAGGAGAGUGACCAGUCCGAGAACAGGCCCCCGCUUUGGUACUUGGUGUUGCAUCCGGUUGAGUAUGCUGUCUGGAGGGAGAGCACCACUCAGUUGAUGACCCAUUCCAUUGCUUCAUUUGAACAAGUCAACGGUCCCAACCUGAUUGCAAAUGGAGUUUGGGGGAUUCUUGAGGAGCUUGAUUUUCAGCUGCCGCUGGAGGAUAUCAGGAUUGGACAAGAUCAGUACAUCAUUGAAGCGCGUCAGACCUGGUGCAUCUAUCAGGAUGGGAUCAUUAGACCGGUGGUUUUGGUGCAUUUAAUUGAUGUUGAGAGUGGGAGAGAACAGAUGCUAGCACUUACUGAGUGUGACAUUCAGCCUCGCACGCAGACCUGGACCUUAGAUGAGGCUCCAGGCGUUCCACCACCUCCUGGGUAUCCGAGUUCAGCUUCGGAAGUCCCGAAGGCUAAGGUUGCGCUUGCGUCUGGGGACACGGUGGAUGCAUGGAGAACUCGCGACGGUGAGCUUAUGAUUGGGGAUGAAGAGUUGGAUCAGAAUGCAGACUGGAUCUUGAGUGUUCGGAGAUUACGUGGGAUUAGAGGGGCAUUUCUGUGGGAUGAGCUGGGGCCUAGGGUGCUGUACUUUGCUGGUGACACGACUGUGACUGUGCAUUGCUUUGAACAGAAUGGCCUCCCUUACAUCUCUUGGGAAGAUUUCAAACCGAUUCGGGUGAUGCUGGCUCGAGAUUGGAAGAGCAAAGGGAAUGCCCAGGUAAUGAAGAUAGAAGACCGAGCUCUUAGGAUUCUUGAUUACAUGCCGACUCUUGAAGCUGUCGAGAGUGCAAAGGCUCAGGAGGAGAGUGCGGCAGCUCCUGCGGAGUUGCUUGCAGAUCCUGGUGAGAGCAGAGCAGAGGAGCUGUGCUCGAAGUCUAGAGUUACUUUCGACGAAGUGUGGAGUGCUGUUCAGCUUGCGAGUCUGGUGGAACGGCGCUCCGACCGUUCAAAGCAGGUUGCUGGCGAGGUAGUUCGUCAACAUCACCCGGAUCUGGAAUUCUUGUCUGUCAGCAUAGCAGUCAACUUGGUGUUUCGACCUCAUCGUGAUCGCAAUUCCUUGGAGCGAGAGUCAGUGGUUCUAGGCUUGACUAGGUUUCAAGGGGGUCAACUUUGGGUUGAAGGGGUUCCUGGUGAGAACGGAAACAACGUGCUGCGGUGUGUCAACAAUGAGGGCGAGAUAAAGGCUGGCAAGCUGCAUGAGUUAUCGCACAAGUCUGUGCGAUUCAAUGCUGCGGUUCGCAUGCAUGGCACCGAACCGUUUCAGGGUGUUCGAGGUGUGGCCGUGGGCUACACUCCAAGGGGUGGUGAUGUUCAGGGUAUGAAGACUGAGGUGCAGAAUUUUCAGGACUUUUGGGAUGUUGGAGUUCAGGGUCUAGGAAGGGCCAUGGCUUUCGAAGCUAUCGCCGAGGAGGUGAUAGAUCUUACGAUCCCACCCGAGCGGCCUGGACAUACCUUGAAGGUUUCGAAAGGGGUGCUGUCAAUAGACAUUGCAGGGCCGUAUGCUGCAGCCUACGAUGGAACCAAGUACGCGUUAGUGGCUGUGUUUCGAAUUGAUGACAACCUGCAGCUGCACUUCAUGAGACCGAUGAAGCGAAGAUUGUGGUCUGAGUUGUUUUCAGCUCUUCAGAGUAUCCUGGCACAGGUGUCGGCGAUUUGUGGUGAGCGGCCCCAAGUAGUAAGAAUCCAUUCGGAUAAGGCGCGCGAGUUCCUGGCACAACGGGUGAUUGAGGGAAUUAAUGCUUUGGGGGUGUUUAAGACAACGACUACGGGCUACGAUCCACAGGCGAAUGGGCUUGCAGAGAGAACAGUUGGUUUGUUGAAGGAGCGUGCGCGGGGAUUCCUCAUUCGGGGAAAUGUGCACAAGAAGUUUUGGCCCCUGAUGAUGGCUGAAGCUGCAAGGCGACAGAGAGACGGAGCAUUGCACCGUCCACACCAAGGGAAGUUGCCCGAGCCAGGGGACUGUGUUGCUGUGACUGUUCAGGAUGCAGGACCUUUUGAUCCCAGGGUUGAACAAGGUCGUUUCAUUGCUCAGUCGGAUGUGGCAGUGCAGGGCGCGUUGGUGUUGGUUACGAGGGCAGGCCAGGAGCAGUUGAUCAUAACGCGUUUGCCGGCAGUGAUUGAUAAGAAGCCUGAACAAUGGAAGACACAUGUUACUCCUUUGGGUGAUUUGGUCUGGGUUAGUUCUUCAGGGGAGAUUCGGGAUGGAGAGAUGGUCCGGGAUCCUGGAGUAGAUCUGGGAAUGCUGACGGUGGAAGAACGUGAGCAAGGACAUCAUGUGGAGCAAGGGUUGCCGUUUGUGGCACGCGCCACGGCCCUUGAGGAGGAGAUACAGACCGCCUUUGAGGAGGAGCCACAGAAUGUGGCACCCAAGGCUCAGCGUAAGACCACACCGAAGCCUGAUGACAAACUUGAUCGCUACAAAAUCCUGCCGUAUGAAGUUGAGCAAGAGAUGAACCGAGCGGAAGUCAAGGUGGCCCAACUUGUUACGGAUACGAUCGAUGCGAGGGUUUUGUCUGACCCGAAAACACCUGCAGACGAGAAGUGGAAGUGGGUGAAUGAGGGAUUGAGGCCUGAGCUGGAGACGCUUCAGGCUAAAGAGAUCUAUGAUGAGUGGGAUGAAGCUGACCUUCCUCCAGGAGCGAAGGUGUUGCCGGCGAAGGUUGUUUUGACAAAAAAGCCUCUUCAGGAUGAUGCAGAAGUGGACCCAGCAGAUCCUUUGAGUGCCUGGAGGGCAAAGGCGAGGAUCGUGGUGUGUGGGAACUAUGAGCAGAAUACGGUUGGGCACGAUCCUGACAAUGCUAGCGCUAACCCUGCCAUCGAGCACAUCAGAUGGAGCGCGGCUUGCCUUGCCAGCAACCCGGGCUGGACAGGGCUGGUUCUUGACAUCACGGCGGCCUUUCUCAACGCCAAGAUGGACAACGAUACAACAUUUGUCAGGCCUCCAAAGGUUUGUCGGAACGAAGAGCUGGAUGGCAAGACCUUUGAGGGUGCUGAGGGCGUGAUGUUUUACCUUGAUCCAGUGUCGUCUGGAGUGUGGGCCAUCAGAAAGCAAGGAGAGCCUGAAUCAUUCCACGGGACUUUCGACAUGUACGUCGAUGACGGCCUGCUUGUGGGGCCUGUCAUGCUAUGCCAGGCUUUGGCAGAAGUGCUGCUGAAGAUUUGGCAAAUGAAGAUCCAAGGGUUCCUGCCGAGCGAGGAGUUGAAGGUUGGAACAACGGUCCAAGUGGGAGACAAAAAGGUUCCGGUUCGGCAAGAGUUGCAGUUUCUGGGAAUGGUGAUAAAGCGAACUGAAGAAGGUGUGGCGCUGCAUCAGCAUCCCUGGAUCGAAACGGAGUUGGAACGACGCGGCUGGACAAUGGUCAGGGGAGCUGCCAAUCUUCCAGAGGUGGUAGAAGGACAAACGGAACCGGCACCUCGCGAUGAUGCUUACGCUGCGGAUUUGCAUCGCGCGCAGUCUGAGGUUGGGUCUUUGUUUUGGGUGGGGCUGCGAACAAGACCAGACCUGCUGGCAACAGUGGGGGCAUUGUCGUGUAUGAGCACAGUGGAUCCGAGGAAGACGUAUAAGCUGGCAACCCAAGUAUGGCGAUACUUGGCGGGCACUAGGGACAAGGUGCUCUUCUUUAAGGCCGGUGGGGAUCUUCAGGAAGCAAAGCUUUCGGUGUUCGGUGAUGCCUCACUGGCACCAGGGGCAUCGAGGUCACGGACGGGUGUGGUCGUGAAGUUCGGCGGUCAUGUCCUCGCUUAUCGCACUCAGCGCCAAUCUUUGACUGCAUUCUCUGCUUUCGAGGCCGAGGUAGAAGCAGCAGCUACAGCGUAUCAGCUCGGAACGCAGGUGAAGACUUUCUUGGACAAGUUUCUGCAAAAGGGCGUGGAGACGGAGCUCUUCGGGGACAACUCUGCCUGCGUUAGCAACUUGACUAAGGGAUCCGAAUACGUGCAGCCCACCCGCACGCGCCAUUUUGGCAUGCGCUGCUC